AUGUUGGUGUUUUUUUUUUCCCCCUGUUUUACUUAUCUCUUUCUAUUUUCUCCAAGUUUUCUUCAUUUCAACCUCCCUCUCUCUCUUCCAUUUCUCUCAUUUUUCUCUCUCUUCCAUUUCUCUCUUUCUUCCAUUUCUCUCUUUCUCUCUCUUUCUUCCAUUUCUCUCUUUCUCUCUCUUUCUUCCAUUUCUCUCUUUCUCUCUCUUUCUUCCAUUUCUCUCUUUCUCUCUCUUUCUUCCAUUUCUCUCUUUCUCUUUUCUUCCAUUUUCUCUUUCUUCAUUUUCUCUUUUCUCUCUUUCAUUUCUCUCUUUUUCUUCUCUCUUUCUUUCUCUCUCGCUUUCUUUCCUCCAUUUCUCUCUCUCUCGCUUUCUUUCCUCCAUUUCUCUUUGAAUUUAUUCUCUCUUACAUCAUUCUAUUUCUCUCUUUUGCAUUUAAAUGUUUUUGUUCCAUCCAUUGUUCGCUCAAUUCCUGAGGAACAAAUUCUUAGCCUGCAACAGCAGACACAGUUCUUGUGGCAGACUUAUUUUUCCAAUGUUGAAAAAAUAGUCACCACUGUUCUGGAGAUUCUGAAAGAUCGGAUUUAUAGCCACAUGGCCCGAAACCAAAUGCUCUGGAAUACCAUGCCUGGUGCUCAUUUCAUCAUGCCUGAAUACUCUGAUGCUGCCAUUACAUAUCCGUUCUAUUAUAAAAAAUUAGGCCGUCAGCCAUCGGCCAAGUUCACAGCUGUAAUAUAUGCUAUCUCACCUGUGAUGGCUUCCUCGUCCUCUCUAUUUCGAUUGGUACGUAAUGUUGCCAAGUCUGCUUCUGUACAUAAGAUUUUAGUUAUAUGGCACUGUGAUGUCUCACCACCUCCUCCACGCAAGUGGCCUUCAGACCUUGCUGUCCCUAUUCUGGUCAAAACCAGAAAUAUCAAGACAAUCAGCUCCAGAUUCUUCCCAUACAGAGAUAUAGAAACUGAUGCUGUGUUUAGUCUGGAUGAAGAUGUACUCCUUACUACAGAUGAAAUUGACUUUGCCUUUUCUGUUUGGAAAGAAUUUCCUGAACGUAUUGUGGGUUACCCAGCUCGCAAUCACUAUUGGGAUGACCUACGAUCAAAAUGGAGCUACACGUCCAAAUGGACCAAUGAUUAUUCAAUGGUUCUCACAGGGGCAGCAAUAUAUCAUCGGUAUUACAAUUACUUAUACACACAUUUAUUAAACAGCUAUUCUGUCAAAUCUAUAGUGGACCAAAUGCAGAACUUUUAA